AAAUGUCUAUAGAUAAAAAUAACAAUUAAUUUUUGAUAAACUUUACUGUACCACUCUUAGUGUAGUCUUUGAAAAUGGAGGUCCUUGUGCUACUGCCAUGGCUAUUUGUUAUUGUAACCGCUCAGGAUACAUUAUACAGCGUGGAUCAACUAUUACAAAGAGGAAUCAGCAGUGGCGACGGAGUUUCUACAUAUGCAGUGGAUGGCGAUGACGGCGCGAUCCAAUCCAACGAGGGCCUGAAUGCGAACCUUGAGGAACAACAGCAAAAAAAACUGCAAAACCUUGGAUCUAUGUUUUUACGGAUGGCACAAGCAGCAGGAUUACGGGAAAAUAAAAUAAAACGCCCCCCUUAUCCCCCCACGAAUCCGGAUACAUUAUACAGCGUGGAUCAACUAUUACAAAGAGGAAUCAGCAGUGGCGACGGAGUUUCUACAUAUGCAGUGGAUGGCGAUGACGGCGCGAUCCAAUCCAACGAUGGCCUGAAUGCGAACCUUGAGGAACAACAGCAAAAAAAACUGCAAAACCUUGGAACUAUGUUUUUACGGAUGGCACAAGCAGCAGGAUUACGGGAAAAUAAAAUAAAACGCCCCCCUUAUCCCCCCACGAAUCCGCAUGGCGGUCCAGUGCAGAUGUACACGGUGUCCGGGGGACCGCUGCUGCCGGGACAACUCAUCGUGUCCGACUUCGACACUAGAAGGGGGGAAGAGGUCGACGUCGACACUAGAAGCGGGGGAGAGGUCGACUUUGAUCCUAGAAGGGCGAUAAUGAAUGCUUCUGGGCCGACUGAAAAGCCUAAACGCGAGCCCUAUAUGAAGUUAAAAUUGCAAGGAUACGUUUACAGAAUGCAAGGAUAAGAUAAGUCAAUAAAAAUGCGAUAAUUCAAAACUCCUAUAUAAGUUAAAAUUUCCUCAAAGUAACAUUAAAACUCCAAACCCCAAUUUGUGUUAAGUAGGUAUUUUAAUUUUUAAUAAUAUUGUUAACAAUCUAUA